AUGAUCGCGUUCCAAAAGUUCUCUACAUCGCGAUUUGGGGCUUAUUACAAGUUGUCGCAAGCGGACGAAAUCCCACGGAAAAAGCUGCUUUGCAGGACUUAUAUUUUGGCACUUCGUGGUGUUGUCUUGAGCAUUGCUGAAGAAAAAAAGUCAGCACGCGGAGACAACGAACAGCCUAUAUCGGGGUUCCUGAUUCCUAUUACUUCGUUUUACCAGAGCUUGUCAACGAUCUCGAAGUCCCCUUUUAUACCUUUAUGUCCCACAAGUUAUCUUUUGAACCUUUUUUGGGGCACUCACCAAUUCAAAUUUGUCUACGCUCGAUUUGAAGAGGCUAUCACUUUACGUGCACCCUUUGACACGCGGGACAAGAUUGUGAAUAUCGAUGCAGCUGGUGAUAUCAUUCUAGUUGUUGGACCUGAAAAGCUGAGGCUCCGCGUGAAGUCAAUUUUCCUCAAGGCAGCCUCGAAACUACCAGGUACUAUCUUAGGGCCAGACUGGAAGGAAAAUCAUAUACUCGUCACGGGUCUUCCCGUGGAAAUAAUACUGCCCGAAGAGAAUGCGAUGGCGCUGAGAUGUAUUUGUGCAAUUUUGCACCAUCAGAACAGAUUGCUACCUCAGGUCAUGGCUGUAAAUGAUGUUCUUAGAAUUGCUGUCGCAGCGAACAAAUUCGGCGUUGUUGACGCUUUAACUUUUGCCAGUGAAUUCUGGCUAUCUCCUGUUAAUAAGGGAGCCAGUGAUCUUAUUGUUCUUGCGGCCGCAGCGAGCUUGUUUAAGAACGCACAAGCAUUCAGAGAUAUUACAAAGGCCCUGGUUCUCAACUACGGUGACUCUUACCUUGCCCUUUUGAGCGAAGAUGUCAGGUCAAUUUUGGGCGACAGAGUGUUCUGUCUGCUAGAAGAGCAAAGGGGCUUCGCGAGGCUGAAGUUGGGAGAGAUUCUGAUUGGAGGGAUCAAUGCUCUUGGGUAUGGCGUGAAUUGGUAA